AAAAAUGGCCUUUCUUUUUCACCAACAACAGGAACACAUCUAAUCAGUCCAUUUUCAAGUCCCAGGAGUAAUCAUGUAGAAGAGCAGAGAAAUGGUCUAUCAAAUGAAAUUAGAGAGCCUUCCAAAAACUUGCCAAUCCAAUCACAUAGAAAGGAGCAACAUCAAAUGGACAACUAUGACAAACUCUUGAUGCUGCAAUCUGAAGUUGAACAUUCCGUGGAGAGAUUCUUGCAGAUCCGAAAAAACCUAACCAGCCUGCAGGCUUUAGAGGGCACCAGAGAGCUGGAAAAUAUUCUAGGCGUUUCAGACAAGUCUGGUAAUUUAAAAAGUGAAGUGAGAAGAACCAGGAAACUGAUUGAACAAGUCAGAAAAAGAAAGCUGCAGAAACGGAGUGCUGUAAGGCUUUCUGCCCAAGAGAAUCUCCAACCUGUCAAUAGCUUUGAGUUCCUGAAAUCUCUCAUUGGCUAAGGCCUUAUCUGAAGAAUAUAUUGAGCUCUGUUGCAAGAUUCUACAACUGCCUGAUCCUACUUAAAAGGUUAAAAAAAACGCCUGUAAAUCUAUCUCUCCAACAAAUACCAGCUAAGCAUUGCUCAGUGUACUAGGCAGGUGCACAUCUAGAUACAGUUUCUUGCAUCUAAUUUAAACUUUACAAUCUGUACAACCAGUUAAUCUCAAUGUAAAUAAUACAUUUUGCUAUAGCUUUUUAUGCAAACAUGUAAUGGCACAAAUUGUAUUCCUUCUGUAUAGCCAAAAGGUAAGAAAACUUGCCAUAUGUUGGUAAAAUGCUGCGCUGAGCUUUUCACUACACUUAGGAAGGGCUACUCUCAGAGAUGGAUGCUAUUUCCCAGGCCUUCAAACGAACUGCAGAUUUCACAGCAAUUAUAUGCUCCAUGCUGUCUCUGAUGGCCUGCCAAUUUUACCACAAACAAUGAAGAUGCCUUGCCAACUUACAGCACAUUGUUUAUCUUAUCAGCACACACAAAUUCAAGCAAAUAUGCCAUUUAUCUUCGGAUAUAACCAUUCAUUUGCUAAUAAAGACUUACGAGUUCCAAA